CCGGACUAUAAAAGCUUAAAGAUACGUGCGGCUACCUCCUGUCUUUGCCAUUGAGAGAGAGCGACAGAGGAGAGCCAAGAUGCAGAUUUUCGUGAAAACCCUAACUGGGAAGACCAUAACUCUCGAGGUAGAGAGCAGUGAUACCAUCGAUAAUGUCAAGGCCAAGAUCCAGGACAAGGAAGGAAUCCCACCGGACCAGCAGCGAUUGAUCUUCGCGGGGAAGCAGCUUGAAGAUGGCCGAACCUUGGCUGAUUACAAUAUCCAGAAAGAAUCAACCCUACAUCUUGUGCUGAGGCUUAGGGGAGGAAUUAUAGAGCCUUCUCUUAUGGCUUUGGCUCGCAAAUACAAUCAAGACAAGAUGAUCUGCCGCAAAUGUUAUGCUCGACUGCAUCCAAGGGCUGUUAACUGCCGGAAGAAGAAAUGUGGUCAUAGCAAUCAGUUGAGGCCCAAGAAGAAGAUCAAGUAAACUCUGAUGCAGAGUAGUGCUUUUAUGGCGUUUAAAGAUUUGAGUGUUAGAUUUUUUAUUUUAUCCUGCAUGUUAGGUUUGGAUUUAGCAAAAGCCACUGUGGUUAAAUUUUAUCGAAUCCUGUUAUCGAUCAGAUAUUUUAUUUUUGAAAUUGCUAUAUGACAUUUUGUUUUUGUAGCAACUAUCCACUAGUCAAGCAUUAUUCCUUUGUUUGAUGAA